AUGCUAAUCACAAAUCAGCAUGAAAGGCAUAUGGCCGAUGUCGAUGCUGCGUAUGCUAAAGAUCAAGGGCAGAACCCAGCCCACUCGAAGGUGCGAGGCAAAAAUGCUCCACAGUAUCUCGACAAGGGAACGUUGCUUUCGAAAAAGUAUCGUCUUGAGAAAAUGAUUGGCGGUGGAGGAUUUGGUCAGAUCUACAGAGCUAUAGACAUCGACAUGGGUACGGUGGUGGCAGCAAAGGUAGAACCACAGUCGGAAGAUGCUGGACGUAUGGUACUCGAACAGAUGGUGCUCACAAGACUUGUCGGUACACGACAUUCACCCAGAUUGUAUGCUUCGGGAUGGCUCAACAACUACAACUUCAUCGUCAUGCAAAUGCUUGGGCGAAACCUAACUGAACUACGUAAAGCACAAGCAGACCGUCGGUUCAGUGUGCAUACGACGGUACGCGUUGGGAUGCAAAUCAUCGAAGCAUUGAAAUCUGUUCACGAUUUAGGAUUCCUACAUCGAGAUGUCAAGCCCUCCAAUAUGUGCGUUGGUAUCGGUGAACAUCGACGAAUCAUCUACCUUGUCGACUUCGGAAUGACACGACAAUUCCGUCUUCCCAACGGUGACUUCCGUAAGGAACGUGCCUACGCGGCUUUCAGAGGAACGAUGCGUUAUGUUUCUUUGUCGGUUCAUGAGCGUAAAGAGCAGGGGCCAGUAGAUGACCUUUGGAGCAUUUACUACACAUUAAUCGAAUUAGCUGAAGGCUCCCUACCAUGGCGAACAAUCACUGAUCAUGAUGAGAUAUUUCAGUUGAAAAGACGAAUGACCUGCCAUGAUUUAUGCAGGCACCUUCCACGUCAUUUCGAGAUGUUCCCAAUUCUACUCCGAGAUCUCUGCUAUACAUCGAUUCCUGACUACGCGAAGCUCACCCAGGCACUUAGGGUAAGUUCCAUACAUUAUCUACAAAAGGUUAACCGUAGUAAAAUCAAGAACUACUGA